AUUCUUUGGGCAGAGGAAAGAAAGGUGAGAGAUAAAAAGGUGCGUAGAGUGAUGCGAAUCGCUAUUGAACAAAGUGAAAGUUAACAUUUGUAUUGGCUUCAACUUUGCUCCUUUCAACCAAGUUAAAUCUUUAUUCUCAUUAUUUAUAAUCAUCAUCAACCACCGAGUAUAAAUCAGUUGUACCGUUGUCAGCUAUACAGGUAAACAUCAUAAUCAGUAUCACUGCAAUAUUUUUUGAUCCAUUUGUUGGGUCAGUUGAAUUGUCGUACUUGAGAUAACGAAAAAGGGACGAAAAAUCAACUUCAUUUAACGUUCAAUUUUGUGCUCUUUUCAUGCUUUAACAGCAAAAGUUUAUUUUUACGGAAACAUUCGUAUUCAUCAGUCACGAGUCGAACCCUCACUCAGCUAACAAAGUCAACCUAGAGAGUGUUACCUUGUCGGUCACAAGUCAACUUAAGUCAAGCCUCAACUACUGUAACUCAGGAAGACGACAAACGAAACGGAAGAAAAAAUGGAAAAGAAAAAUGUUCGCACAUGUGUUUAUGCAUUCAUCCUGGUCGUAACGAUUGUUUUAAAUUUAUCACAACAAGCCUCGGCUCGUCCAAACAUUGAUGAAAUGGCCAACAUGGCUGAAGCAUUGAGAUAUCUUGAAAAGCUGGACAAAUAUUAUUCACAAAUUGCAAGACCUAGGUUUGGACGAAGCAUUUCAGACACAAGGCCAGGGAAACGUGAUCCUCUUCUAACAUUGGUAAACUGAUAAGGAGUGAAACAAAAGCUACUCACACCAAUAAUGAUUGUAACUAAUGUGUUGUACAGAAGAGGCUAGACCAUUGAUGAAGAUCAACUUGGAUGGUGAACCUUUUACCCAUCAAAAAGCAACAUAACAGCCGAUGAAGAUGACAGACGAAAACCAAAAUCUCCCAAAAGUGUUAUUUGUAAUUGAAUAAAAAAAAUGAUUGAGCGAAGGCAAAGUCGAAACAAAAUCCCAUCUUUUUGUACCAUCUUCAACGUUGAGACAAUAUUCAUUUUAAUUUGCGUCAACCUGUGUUUCAAUGCUUUACACCUUUACGUUUGCAAUGUUAACCCUUUUCUUUUCCUCUUUUUGUUUCUCAUGUUACCUUGUAAAGUUUUACCCUUGCUGUCCAGAUAUAUAUAUAUAUAUUGAAUUGAAAUAUACUUCAUUUGGUGAGAAGAGAAAAUGCGAAAACUGUUGAAAUAAAAUUCGUUCGUAGUUAGUUAAUAAGCAA